UGCUCUUCCAGAAAACAACUCCACCCAUACCAGAAUCUUUUCCUUUUUCCCUGAUUUUAUGCGCACGCUGGUGGGUGCCUAUACCAAAAUCAAGACCCGCAACACCUUGCGUCUCUGUACCCAUUCCAUCUCUCUCUCUCUCUCUCUCUCUCUCCACAAGGCGGCCUCCAACAGAUGUUGUCCAUGGAAGACACGUGGGUGUACAUCCUCUCGGCGACCUCCCUCCUCUUCCUUCUCUACCUUUUCAAAUUGCAGAGAAGCAGCAAGAGAAAUCUCCCGCCGGCCCCGCCUUCACUCCCCAUCAUCGGCCACCUCCACCUCAUAAAAGAGCCUGUCCACCGCACCCUUCAGUCCCUCUCCGACCGCUAUGGCCCUGUCCUCUCCCUCUCCUUGGGCUCUCGGCCCGCGGUCGUCAUAUCCUCCCCGUCCGCGGCUGAGGAGUGCUUCACCAGGAACGACAUCGCCCUCGCCAACCGCCCCCGCACGCUCUCGGGCGAGAUCAUGGGAUACGGCAACACCACCAUCGGCAGCGCCCCCUACGGCCCCCACUGGCGCAACCUCCGCCGCCUCACGGCCGUGGAGAUCCUUUCGCCGCACCGCCUCACCGGCUCCCUCGCCAUCCGGCAGGAGGAGGUCAGGCACCUCACGAGGAGCCUCUACGAGGCGGCCUCCUCCUCCCAGGGCGGCGGUUUUGCGAGGGUGGAGAUGAGUUCGAGGCUGCAGGAGCUGUCCUUCAACAUCAUCAUGAGGAUGAUCUCUGGGAAGCGCUACUCUGGGGUCGCCGUCGACGCUGGUGACGCCGAGGUGGCGAGGGAGUACAGGGAGUUGAUAAAGGAGGAAUUCGAGCUGAGCGGAACGGACCCGGGCGAUUUCUUGCCGGUGCUGAGGAAGGUGGUGGACUUCAAGGGUAGAGAGCGGAGGAUGGUGGACGUGGCCAACAGGUCCGAUGUGAUCUUGCAGGGGAUGAUAGACGAGCACAGGUCGAGAAGGAAGAGAAGCGAUGCCGACGGCAGCCGAGAGGAGGAGAGCAAGACAAUGAUCGAGACGAUGCUCUCGGAGGGCUACUCGGACGACAUCAUCAAAGGCCAGAUCAAUUCAAUAAUAGGUGCGGGUACAGACACAUCUGCGGUGACAAUAGAAUGGGCCAUAUCCCUCUUGCUCAACCACCUGGAUGUCAUGAAAAAAGCUCAAGUAGAACUAGACGACAUUGUUGGCCGAGACCGUCUAGUUGAUGAAGCCGACACCCACAAGCUGCCUUGCCUUCAUAAUAUCAUCAAUGAGGCGCUUCGAUUGUUUCCACCGGGGCCACUCCUAGUGCCUCAUGAGUCUGCUGAGGAUUGCACAAUUGCCGGGUUCGACGUGCCCCGAGGCACCAUGAUCCUGGUUAAUGCGUGGGCAAUUCAAAGAGACCCAAAAGUGUGGGACGAUCCCACAAAUUUUAAACCGGAGAGGUACGAGGGAUUGGAAGGUGAUCAUGCCUACCGACUAUUGCCGUUUGGGAUGGGGAGGAGAAGUUGUCCCGGUGCUGGCCUUGCCAAUAGAGUGGUGAGCUUGGCCCUAGCGGCGCUUAUUCAGUGCUUCGAAUGGGAACGAGUUGGUGAAGAACUGGUGGACUUGUCUGAGGGGACGGGACUCACAAUGCCAAAGAGAGAGCCAUUGGAGGCCUUGUGCAAAGCGCGUGAAUGCAUGAUAGCUAAUGUUCUUGCGCACCUUUAAGAAGGUCGUUGUCUAAUGAAUUUACUUUGGUGAUGUAUCUCCAAUGUUUUUGAAUAAUCAAAUAGACUGAAAAUAGGAGCGACUAUGCAGCUUUAGGCCAGUGCAGCUUUAGGAAUGAUCGUGAGCAUCAAUAGCAUCCUGAGGAGGCCAAUGCAGCUUUAGGCCUCUCUUAGGAGAAAAAUGAUGGUUUAUAUAGAUACUGGCAACAUUGUUCAUCCCUCUCUCUAUAUUUCGGGCAUUUGUUGUUGCACCGGUAACGGAUAUGGUUGGUCUGGCA